AUGGCGGAACGUCCUCAGUACUUCGAGAACACAUUGUCUCUGCCAUCCAUCAAUGCAGCCACGCUAACGGAGUGUCUGCAAGACCUUCGUCUUGCGGUUCAUAGAGGUGCCCAACAAGUGCAAGCAAACACUCCGCUUCCAGACUCAUGGGGCCCGAGUGGCCUGUUUAGAGCUUUCCCAGGUAUCGCCUUGGCAUUUCUUCGUCUAGAUUAUCAGUCUUCGGUGCUUCAGGAUGCCACUCGGGCUUCCCCAGAUUAUCGCCAAUUUGCGCUUCAGCGAAUCCCAUCAAGCCCUCCCGAUGCAGAGUUACUUGCAUCUCGGCUUUCCCCUCUUGGCUCUUCUAGUCCAAUAACCGCCAUCAUGAUGCGCAUUCUAGCAAAUGUUGCCAAGAAUGACUGGCAGGAUAAUGCUCAGAUCAAUAUAACAGAGGAUGAUAUUGCUUGUCUUGACGACGCUGUGCAGGUAGCGUUGACGAAUGACCCUCUCGUUGCACAUGAUGAUCGCAAAAUGGGUGGUGAUGAAAUACUCUUUGGGCGAGCAGGAUUGCUCUGGACUCUUGUGAAUAUCAGGGCUCAUCGCUUCGAUCAAGUCGGCCAAAAGGCUCUGUCGCCGGUGUUGCAGAAGAUCCCCGAGCUGGUUCGAGUUAUCGUUGACGCUGGCAAACAGGGGUCUAAGGAGUACAUUGAAAAGAACGGGACUCAAGGCGCUCACCCAUUGAUGUAUGCUUGGAUGGAGGGUUACUAUUGUUUUGGGGCGGUUCAUGGAGCAACCGGAAUCCUCACCGUUCUGCUCUCAUGUGAGCCCGAAGAGCUGGCGGAACAUAUCCCCGUGAUUGGCGAAACCGUCAGCGCGCUCUGCCAGCUUUCGGUUACUAAUGACGGCCAUCUACCAAUGACGACCCCGGAUUUCAGCUAUGGACAGCGCUCUGAGCUGGUCCAGCUAUGUCAUGGGAUUCCGGGUCUUCUCAUUCUACUCGGUGCAGCCUUCAAGCAUGAGAGUCUAAUACGCAAACAUUGGGACCCAUCUUGGGACCAGGCAGUCUAUUUGGGUAGCGAGUGUAUUUGGAGAGAGGGCCUCCUUUCCAAGGGAGGAAGUCUAUGCCACGGUGUCUCCGGCAACGCAUGGGCGUGGCUGCUUCUCCAUGAUGCCUUCGAAUACCACUCCGACAGCAUCAACGAAGCCCGAGAAGCUUAUCUCCAACGCAGCCAGCUUUCAGCCUUGCCAAGUAUGCAGACUAGCCAAAAACUCACUGGCGACUUUUUCCUGUCACGAGCACUUGCGUUCAUGCUGCAUGCGCGCGAGACCAAGCCCUACAGUACAUCAACGGUGUCCGAUGUGGACUACCGUAUGCCCGAUGAGCCUUAUGCUCUAUUUGAAGGUCUCGCGGGCAAUUUGUGUGCGUGGGCUGAGACUUGCGCCGUGCUCCAGACCAGACUGCGCAAAAUGGAACUGGUCGAACAGGGCGUGUGUGUUAAGACCGGGCUGCCACGCGACUCCCUUUUCCAGCAUGCCCCCUCUAGACAAAUUGGGUUUCCUGUUCUAGGUGGAAAUGGAGCGGUGGGUAUUUAG